GAUUAUCAAACAUUACUGGUAUACCAUCAAAAAUAAAGAAUACCGUGACUUUAACAUACACUCACGUAUACCACACGAAACAAUACUCUUUUGUUGUCACAGUUGCGUUGGAUGAAUCAGAUCGAGUACCUUUGAUCGGUCGAAACUAGGGUCAUUUUCAGCCAAAAGUUUGCGUUCGCAGGACAAACAAUUCUGCUCCUUAGCAUACCUAGCCAUUUGACGGUUUUCAACUGCAGAUUUAUAGUAAGUUAUAGUAAGUAGCCUGCACCAUGCCUAUCGUCGAAUUCGUCACCAAUGUCCCCGUCGACCAGUUCCCCGAGGGAUUCGUGGCCCGUGCCGCUACUAAAGUAUCAGAAGUGCUUGGAAAACCACUUCCAGCUAUUUCAAUCUCCUUACGUCACGAGGCCAUGUUUCGAAUGGGGAGCGACGCCCCUUGUCUCAUGAUUUUCGCCGCCAGCGUCGACAACUUCACUGACCAAGAGGACAAUAGGAAGUAUUCAAAGGAGCUCAUCGACUUCGCCGCUGCUGAGUUCAACGUCCCAAUCGAAAGAAUCAACCUGAUAAUGCAGACUCUGUCUCGGUGGCAGAUCGGACUUCUUGGUGGCGUGCUUCUCGGUGACAGGAUGAAACCAGCCAAAUGAAGACCUAAUACACUCGACCUCAAACGCGCGUAAUCUCAGCCACUGCAAUUUGAAAUGAAUCAAUUAAGGAAUCCCGUGUCUUAAUUCCCUCCGUUUGGAGAAAACUGUUUAAUCUGUUGCAAUAUUAACAUUUAUAAGUCGCCAAUUGGACACAUGUACGUGAUUCAUCUGAAUUCAAUAAAGCUGUAAUUCUCCGGGAUGGUACAGACAUAUCAAAUCACUUUGUUUAAUUGUUCUUAAAGGAAUUGCUUUCUUAUAAAGAGUUUAAUCUUUUAUAACUUAAUGUUUUUCAGUUAUGCAAAUGAUUUCAUUUUUAUUUAUGCUUCUUCUUGUAUUUGCUAGGUUUUAGUGUAAUGUUCAAAAUAUUCAUAUAGGUCUAUGAUUUUUUUUUUUUGGGGGGGAGGGCGCCAUUAAGAUAACGGCAAACACUAGUGGGUCCUUGCCCGUCCUUGCCUGAUAUUGCAUUACAACCGAAAAAAUUUAUUUAAUUUUGGAUCAUUCUUUCUGUUGCCACCAGUAAUCAUUUUCGCAUCAUUUGCAUUUACAAGUAUAUAUGUGAAAUAAAAUGAUUUGGUUUAAAACCAGCAA